AAGUGCGUUUUCGGUUGCCAUCUUUGUUGAGAGGCUCGUUCUUUGUUUUGUGCAGCGCUGCUUUGGGCUCGCCUCACGCUGUGUGCGUACUUCUCCCUCUCACUCGCGGCUCACGUCCUUCGCAGGUGACAGAGCGAGAACGGGCUAGCUGAAACGCAGCGAAGUGAGAACGGCGGCGCGGUUCGCGAGUGCGGGAAAGAGGGAAAAGCGAGAGAGCUCGCCAUUCUUGAGCUGAAGAUCCUGAGAAUCGAGUCUGAGAGCGGCGAGCGCCACGAGAGCAAUCUCUCACGCACCGCGGUUGCGACCCGAGAAAGAAAGUGUACACAUGUGAGCUUCCGGCCGGUUAACUAGAUUGCAAUAACCACGAAUUACCGAAAACCAUAGUGGCCAACAGCGUAAAGUCUGCCACUAUCAGCGAACGUAACCACCCGAAACCAAGGACCGACCAAGGAACGUCAUCAUCACGAUCAUCACCUUAACACCACAAAAUGGCGGCACACGUCGUAUCCGGUUCUGCGACAGUGUCCCAACGACAGCAACCGUUGCUCAAGGGCCUGCGGCUAGCUGGCUUCCCUCUACUAUUGCUCAUCCUACCUAGUGCGCUCGUAGCGGUGGCGCAGGCGGAACCGAUCCUGAAAAUCCGCGCGACUGAAUUUACCCGAUUUAACGAUACUGCCGACUAUCUCAGCUCAAAGUCGUACAAUGCGCGUGGUAUGGCACCGCUGUACGAAAUCACCAAUCACGUCAUCAACCUGUUCGUUGAUGAAACUCCCAUUCCAGAAGGUUAUAUCAUCGUGAAGGAAGGCUCAAUCGAGGCGGGACCAAACAUUAAAGACAACAACUGGGGGCCGCUCCUGAAACAGUACUGGGCGUUGCUGCUGGUGACGGCCAUCUGCCUAGUAACGAUCGCGAUCAUGCCCAUCAUGGGUCUCUGUUUGUGCUGCUGUCGGUGCUUCGGCGGAUGCGGUGGCCGAUCGCAGCCCUUCGACAAGAAACACGACACCUGCCGCCGAGCGGUACUGGGCUUCCUGUUGAUCUGCUCUUCCUCGGCACUGGUAUUUGGGGUUGUCGUGGCGUUCGUUACGAACAGCUACAUGCAGCAUGGCGUAGAGAACAUAACCACUUCCGCCCGGCAGGGAGUCCACGAUACGCGACUCUUCAUGCAAACCACCUCGACGCACAUCGACCACUUGUUGAACAAGAAUUACCAGGAACUGAACAGUGACCUGAAGCAAAUGCUGCACGACGCCUCUGGCAACAUCAUCCAGCGACUGGAGGAAGAAUCGAAGGCCGAGAAGCUGACCAAGUUGUACGAGUUCGUCGAAAAGCUGCCUGGCAUCCGGGAAAGUUUGGAAAAGAUGAAGCAACUGACGAGUGAUCUACGAAUCACCGCUUCCCAGCUGAACGAUGGUCUAAGAGGAGUGAAAAGGGAGUUGUUAACAUCGCUCAACAAAUGUGGCACACAGGAGUGCAUCAAAGUGAUGGACGACUACAAGAUUGGGCGUCUGAAUGUGAACGGUAUCGAUUACAACUCGAUACAAGACAGAUACUUCCCGAGGCUGCCAGACUUAUCGCAGAUCAUUCAAAGCGUUACGGAUCUGACGGACAGUGGUUUGGGCAAGGCCAUCUACAAUGGCGUCGAGCAAAUGAACCAGCUGAAGAACAGGCUGAAGCAAACUGUGCUGGAAAACAUCCCGAAAGUGCAGGCCGCAUCCGACUCGACCGGAAAAGCCAUCAAGGAGGUGUCGGACAUGUUGACGGUUCGCCUGAAUGACGUUGCCAAUGUGUUGGGAAACAACUCGUACAAGCAUUUGGACACCGCCGACGAGUACAUCGAGCAGUACAGUAUUUACCGGUAUUAUGCCGGGCUAGGCAUUAGCUCGGUGCUGUUGUUGAUUCUGAUCUGUCUGGUGUUUGGUUUGCUGUGCGGCAUUUGCGGUAAACGCCCGGAUGGUUACGGUGACGAUUGCUGCAACAAGGGUGCUGGUGGACGGUUUUUAAUUUUUGCCGUUGCCCUUAUCUUCCUGACGUUCUCCGUGAUUCUGGCCGUAUCGCUGGCCUCGUUCCUCGUUGGUACCCUGGCACGCCGCGCGGCAUGCGAUUCGCUGCGCAACCCGGGUGACGAUCAGUUGAUCAACUACGUUGAUCAAUUCGUAAACCUGAAUCGGUUGUACACGGAGCUCCGGGCGCAAACCGAGCGUUCCAAGGCAAAGCUGCGUGCAAGCGAAACGGUUGAACCGAUUCAUAUUGGUGAGGUGAUCGUUUCCUGCGAGAGAAACGAAUCCAUCUACAAGGUGCUGAAGAUGCACAACUUUGUGGACAUACGAACGAUACGCGACUACCCGGAGGACUAUGGAAUAACGCGCGAGCUGGAAGCGUUGAAGGACAAGAUCCGGAUUGAGCCGGUACAAAUUCUGACGCCCGAGGCGAGAAAGGACAUCGAAACGUUGCGCUCGUCAAAAUUGAACGAUUUCGAUGUGGAUAAAUUUACGGACAACUUAACAUUCAACAUUACCGAGUACAACCUGAAUGAGAUUGCUGAAAAGCUGCGCGAAGUAGCCAACCGUGUGCCACCCGGAAAGGAAAUGAAUGACAUUAAAGUGAACCUCAAAAAUCAAGCACUCCACCUGUCUUCCUAUCAGACGAAUCUCGUCGAUCCGAUGAUAGCUUCAACGAACCAACUGAUUAAACUGUCCACCUCGCUGGACAGCAGUUUGAAGUUUGGCGAAAAGUCAUUCUCUGAUGCCAUCGACAAAUUUCUCAUCCAAAUCACCGAAGCGGAAGAGUACAUCAACAAGUACGGUAAAACGUUCGUGCAAAACGUCACCGAGGAGCUGGUGAACGGCUUCACACAGCAGAUCUUCGCCUACAUUAACCUGGUGAUUGAUGCGACCCAGAGUGACAUUGGUCUCUGCGGACCAGUGUACAACGUCUACCAGUCGAUGAUAGUGGCGUCCUGCAAACGAGUCGUCGAUCCAUUCAAUGGAUUCUGGGCAGGUGUUGCCUGGUGUCUGCUACUCUUCCUGCCAUCGAUCAUCUUCGGUGUGAAGCUAUCCACGCUGUACCAAAAGUCGGACCCCUACCCAGGGCCGAUGGUAGAAUCUGAGUAUCUGUACGACGCCUACACCGAGCGUGAUAAUAUUCCUCUGGCGAGUGGACCGAAAAACAAGCGCCGCAAGAAGCAGGAUCGUCGUCGGGAUUCGCGCGACCGGCGUGAGAUAUACUACGAGGAAGGCAGCCCCUCGCACAGCCGUGACCCGCGCUACAACGAUAUGGCCCCGAAUCGUGAGUCGCACAUUCCUUCAGUACUAACUCCUGGUGAACCGUCGGCUUCCCCACCGUCGUUACUACUAACAUCCACCAAGUGCCACCAACCGUACCACGAACACAACCUCCACCAGCGUCAUCACUCGACUCCCUUGCCAAUGUCACUGCCCAUGUCGCUGGUGAUCGAAUCGCCCCAGGAACUGUCAAUGGGCGGUUCUCCUGUUCCGGUGUGCGGCGACCGAAAAUCGUUCUCGUCGUCCUUUCAGUCAUCCGGCGGUGGCGUCGGCGGCGGCAGAAGACACCACGAAGCACCCGCCAACGAUUCACCGAACCGCGCACUGAGCCGCCUGUUUAGUAACAGCUUUUUCGACGACUUCCACUCAGCGUUGAAACAGUACGACGCCGGCGAGCUCUCGUUGGAGGGACCUACGGCGCCGAUCGGUGGUUCGACCGAUCUGUUGACGGUCGCAACAUACCUGCCACCAACGCCACGGCAUCGGCGGCACCACCAGUACCAUCACCGUGCCGGCCACAGCCCACAUCGCCAACGGGGCGCUGGUGGCGUUAGCCGGAGCAAUAGUAGUAGCGUCGGUUCGGUGCGUUCGAUGGCCUUGAUGCCGGCUCGAACUCCGUCGCCGCUUGAGUUCCGCACCAUGUCGUUCCGGAGGCCCCGCUCCUUGGCCAGUGAAGAGUCAAGCGGGAAGCACUCGUCGGCGCGCACCGACAGUGGCUAUGAAAAGUACUGA